AUUCUCAAUUCUCAUUAUUAUCUCUCGUCUUACGCGCCCAAUCUCAAUUCUCAAUUCUCAAUUCUCAAAAGAAAGCAAGACUUCACCCGUCGUCCGUCUCCCUUAACCCGUUCAAACCAGAGAAAGAGAAAUCACUUAUAUUGCUAUAUUUAUCGAGUAGUCAUUGCAAAGAUAGAGGAGAUCGAUCGUAAGCGGAAGAAAACUUCGGUCUCGUCGUCGGAUCGAAGGGAUAAGAACGGGAAGAAGACGAAGAUGGAUUCUAAUCAGGUUAGGGCUUCUCACAUCCUGAUUAAGCACCAAGGCUCCAGAAGGCAGGCUUCGUGGAAGGAUCCAGAUGGCCACGUUAUCAAGAACACCACCAGAGAAACUGCUGUCAAUCAGCUUAAAUCCCUCAGGGAGGAUAUUGUCGCCGGCAAGGCCAAGUUCGAGGACGUCGCUUCUCGUUACUCUGAUUGCAGUUCUGCCAAACGUGGCGGCGAUCUAGGUCCUUUUGGCAAGGGCCGGAUGCAAAAGCCUUUCGAAGAAGCAGCAUUUGGUCUCAAAGUAGGUGAGAUUAGUGACAUUGUUGAUACUGACAGUGGCGUCCAUAUCAUCAAGCGAACUGGUUGAUUGCCCAGCAUAGCAAGUAUCGGUGGUUAUAGUGGCAUACGAGUUCUGGAUUCCGAUCAUUCCCUUUGAAUUAGUGUUUAUUUGUUCCAUUUUUUGGAACAAUUGAGUCGUGCUAUUGUCACUUCUGCAGCCAUUCUUAUUUUUCCAAAUUGCAUUUGCUCAUAAAAUGCAUAUGAACUAUAUUCUUGAACCCUCGGGACAAUUUAGAAGCAGCAAUGACUGUUUCUAAGUUUUCUGACUAUGGGGCUUCAUUCGUGCCUUGAGAAUACAUCCAUCGAUUCUGGAUUUGAAAUUUCUGGAAUAA